AUGUCAGAGCAGGAAACUCGUUCUGGGUGCUUACUGUUAUUCUUUUUCUUGAUCCUUCUUUCAGGUAAAGCUGUUGUAGGGGAAUCUUUGGAAACAGACAAAGAGGUUCUGCUGGAACUGAAAUCGUACCUGGACAACAAAACUCUUGCAGACAAAGGAGGGUACAUAAAUUGGAAUACCAAUAGCUCCAAUCCUUGUGAAUGGAGAGAAAUUUCAUGCAGUGCUACGAGGAGGGUGGUUGGCAUAGACCUUUCUCAGAGUGACAUCACUGGUGAGAUAUUCAAGAAUUUCUCGCAGCUCACUGAACUCACACACCUUGAUCUCUCUCAGAACACACUAUCUGGUGAGAUUCCCGAGGACUUGAGGCGCUGCCACAAGCUCGUGCAUCUCAACCUAUCACAUAAUAUUCUUGAAGGGGAGCUGAAUUUGACUGGAUUGACAAGCUUGCACACACUGGACUUAUCACAUAACAGAUUUUUUGGGGAUAUCCAGUUGAGUUUCCCAGCCAUUUGUGACAAUUUAGUCACUCUGAAUGUCUCAGGUAAUAACUUGACUGGUAGGAUUGAAAACUGCUUUGAUCAAUGUCUCAAGUUGCAGUACUUGGAUUUGAGCACCAACCGUCUGAGUGGAAGCUUGUGGAUGAAGUUUGCGAGGCUCAAAACUUUUUCUGUCGCGGAAAACCAUCUGACUGGGACUAUUCCUUUGGAAGCUUUGCCUUUGAAUUGUAGCCUUGAAGAACUAGACCUUUCACAAAAUGGAUUUGUUGGUGAGGCACCAAAGGGGGUUGCUAACUGCAAGAAUUUAAGCAGUCUGAAUCUUUCUAGUAACAAAUUUGUUGGGGGUAUUCCCGUUGAAAUAGGAUCUAUUUCAGGACUCAAAGCAUUGUACUUGGGGAACAAUAGCUUUUCAAGAGAGAUUCCGGAGUCCCUUUUGAACUUGACUAAUUUGGCUUUCUUGGAUUUGAGCAGAAACCAAUUUGGUGGGGAAAUACAAGAGAUAUUUGGGAAAUUCAAGCAAGUGAGUUUUCUUCUGUUGCACUCAAAUAAUUACUCUGGAGGAUUGAGAUCCUCAGGAAUUCUCACAUUGCCAAAAAUUUGGCGGUUAGACCUAAGCUACAACAACUUUUCAGGUCCGUUACCUGUUGAGAUCUCUCAAAUGUCAAGUUUGAAGUUUCUAAUGUUAUGCUACAACAAGUUCAAUGGAUCCAUUCCACCCGAAUUUGGAAACAUGACUCAACUGCAAGCACUUGACCUUGCCUUCAACAAUUUGAGUGGGUCUAUACCACCAAGCCUUGGUAACUUGAACUCCCUCUUAUGGUUGAUGCUCGCAAACAAUUAUUUAACUGGUGAAAUCCCUCCAGAGUUGGGAAACUGUUCAAGCUUGUUAUGGCUAAACCUUGCCAACAAUAUGCUCUCUGGAAAUUUGCCUUCUGAACUAUCCAAAAUUGGAAGGGAUGCCAUGACCACAUUUGAAUCAAAUAGGCGAAACUAUAGAAUGGUUGCUGGAUCUGGUGAAUGUUUGGCAAUGAGGAGAUGGAUACCAGCAGAUUACCCUCCAUUCAGCUUCGUGUAUAGCCUCUUAACAAGGAAAAAAUGUAGAGAACUUUGGGACAAAUUGAUCAAAGGGUAUGGUGUUUUCCCGUUUUGCACACCUGGUUCUUCCUUUCGCAUAACACAGAUAUCCGGCUAUAUUCAGCUAAGUUCGAAUCAGCUCAGUGGUGAAAUUCCUCCAGAGAUUGGAUCAAUGGUCAACUUCAGCAUGAUGCACUUGGGAUUCAACAAACUCUCGGGGAAGUUACCUCGAGAGAUAGGAAGUAUUUCCAUGGUGGUGUUAAACAUCACAAGAAACGAUUUUUCAGGCGAAAUUCCCCAAGAAAUUGGCAACAUGAACUGUCUGAUGAAUCUGGAUUUGUCAUACAACAAUUUCUCUGGAAUGUUUCCAGCGAGUUUGAACAAAUUGACAGAACUUAACAAGUUCAACAUCUCAUACAAUCCCUUUAUAUCAGGUGAGGUCCCAUCAACCGGACAGUUCGCUACCUUUGAGGAAAAUUCAUAUUUUGGAGACCCCCUUUUGAUCCUACCCAAGUUUAUUCGGAACACUAGCAACGAUAGAAACAACACCUAUCAGAAAGACCAUAAAAAGUCCUCAAGACUGUCUUUGUUUUUGGUGUUUGUGGUUAUAACUCUGGUUUUCAUUGUAUGUGGACUUCUCACUGUCUUAGUCUGCGUAUCGGCGAAAAGCCCUUCUGAGGAACCAAGGUACCUCUUGAGGGACAAUACACAGUGGCAUGAUUCCAGCAGCUCCGGAUCCUCACCAUGGAUGUCCGACACAGUCAAGGUCAUCCGUUUGAACAAGACAGCUUUCACACAUGCCGACAUUCUGAAAGCAACUAGCAGCUUCUCAGAGGACAGAAUCAUUGGAAGAGGAGGGUUUGGAACAGUGUACAAGGGAGUGUUUUCAGACGGCAGACAAGUGGCAGUGAAGAAGCUCCAAAGGGAAGGCCUGGAGGGUGAGAAGGAAUUCAAGGCUGAAAUGGAGGUUCUGAGUGGUCAUGGCUUUGGUUGGCCUCAUCCAAACCUGGUCACCCUCUACGGCUGGUGCCUAAAUGGUUCAGAAAAGAUACUAAUUUAUGAGUUCAUAGAGGGUGGAAGCUUGGAGGAUGUAGUGACUGACAGAAUACGUUUGACAUGGAGGAGGAGGGUAGAAGUGGCAAUUGAUGUGGCACGUGCACUAGUGUAUCUACACCACGAGUGCUACCCUUCUGUUGUGCACAGAGAUGUGAAGGCUAGCAAUGUGUUGCUAGAUAAAGAUGGGAAGGCGAAGGUAACUGAUUUUGGGCUUGCUAGAGUGGUUGAUGUUGGGGAUAGCCAUGUGAGCACUAUGGUGGCUGGGACAGUGGGGUACGUUGCACCUGAAUAUGGACACACAUGGCAGGCUACUACAAAAGGGGAUGUGUACAGUUUUGGGGUGUUGGUUAUGGAGUUGGCAACAGCAAGAAGAGCAGUGGAUGGAGGGGAAGAGUGUUUGGUUGAAUGGGCUAGGCGUGUUAUGGGUUAUGGACGCAACCACCAUAAUCACCAUCAUCAUGGGUUGAGUCGUUCCGUGCCAGUUUUGCUGAUGGGUUCUGGGCUUGUUGGUGGUGCUGAGGAGAUGAGUGAUUUGCUGAGGAUUGGGGUGAUGUGCACAGCUGAUGCACCACAAGCCAGGCCUAACAUGAAGGAGGUUCUUUCUAUGCUCAUUAAGAUAUUUAUUUAA